UUGACAAAACGAGCGUAGCGACGUGGUGAUAUCUCAAUAACUAAAAUUUGGGUCGUUGGAUUGGAUAAGCCAUAUUAAACUCGACAAGUUCCCAGUGAAACUCAAGGUACGGAAUAUAUGUCGGGUUCGAAUUCAACGAUCGCCGUGUUGUAGCUUCAUGGUUAUACUCCGGACCGGAACUAUCGACGUAUGAAUGGGUCGGGGUCCGUACGCUACCCUACGAGGAGAAACUGGAAUUCUUGCCUGAGCGCCUUUUCAACAACAGCCGUCGGAUGCUUGCCAUGCGCCGCACCCGCUCGAUCUGCGCCGUCCAUUUCGAUCGGCUGCUGGCCUUGGCGCCAACUAAUUCUGCAGCCCCCUCCGAGUCUCGGACCAGCCAAAAUGCCCCGCAAAACGGCGGCGCCGAGGAGGCCUUAUCUCCAAACUCCGAGUCGACUCGCUCCAACCACCCUCAUGCCGACUCGACACGCGCCUUUUGCUCCAACGCCCUGAAGAUCUCCGCGAAGUGUCGGCGCCUUCGCGAGGGAAAACAAGUGCAUGCACGCGUGGUGAAGUCAGGGCUGUGUAGCUUUCUGUCCUUGCAGAAUCAGGUCUUGGAUGUUUACGUCAAAUGUGGGCAGUACUGCGAUGCCCGGACAUUGUUCGACGAAAUUCCCAUGAAGAAUGUCGUCACGUGGAACACAUUGAUCUGCGAUGCCGCAGCUCGUGGCGCUGAUACUGAGUUGUUCUCUGAGUUGGUUAUUUAUUUCAGGAGGAUGUUGAUGGAGUCGGUGAAUCCGGACUUCCUGACAUUUAAUGGUCUCCUCCGAUCUUGCCUAGAGUCUGAUGACAUUCAGGUCGGUAGGCAGUUGCAUUGUUUUAUAGUGAAAUACGGGGUUGGUAUGAAUUGUUUUGUCAGCAAUGGUCUUAUUAGUUUAUACGGGAAAUGUGGUCGAGUGGAAGAGGCGAGGCAGUUUUUUGAUGAAGUAGUUUAUCGGGAUUUAGCUGUUUGGAAUGCGAUGUUUUCUUGCUAUGCUUCGACAUUCUCAGCUGAAGAGGCUUUUGGGUUAUUCAAUUUAAUGCAGUUGGCUGGAGUGAAAGGCGAUGAGUUCACGUUUUCUAGUUUGCUUAGCUGUUGUGCCACUUCAGGACAAUGGCUAUUGAUUGGGCAAAUUCACGGUCUUGCGAUUAGACUUUCUUUUGACGCAGAUAUUUUAGUGUCGAGUGUGCUUGUCGAUGCAUGUGGGAAGAAUGGACGAAUAGACGAUGCUCACAAGGCUUUCCGCAUGACGCCAUCUAAGAAUGUUGUUUCUUGGAACACUAUCAUUGUAGGAUAUGGAAGGGUUGCAGAUGGAUUGAUGGCCAUGAAGCUUCUUCAAGAAAUGCUCCAGAAAGACUUCCACCCCGACGAAUUGACUCUGGCUAGUGUUCUUAGCUCUUGCGGCAAUACAUCAUCCUCAUCUGAAAUAAUGCAAAUCCAUGCUCAUACAAUCAAAAGUGGGUUCGAAUCUUUCUUGUCAGUUUUAAAUUCUCUGAUAAAUGCGUAUUCCAGAUGUGGGCACAUGGACAGUGCAUCUAAAUGUUUCAGCUCGGUAGAUGAACCUGAUCUUGUAACAUGGAGUACAAUCAUCCGUGGAUAUGGAUUUAAUGGUCUAGCUAAAGAAGCUACAGAAGAUUUUGAGAAGAUGUUAUCUUGUGGCAUAUGGCCAGAUAAAAUUGCUUUUCUUGGGGUUAUCUCUGCCUGUGCUCACGCUGGAAUGGUAAGCAAGGGCCUUCAUUACUUCUAUUUGAUGAUCAAUACAUAUCGGCUUGUGCCUGAUGCGGAGCAAUACGCGUCUCUAAUCGAUCUUGCUGCACGUGCUGGUCUUCUGGAUGAGGCUUAUGAUUUGUUGACCAAACUGCCUGAACUACAUGCAAAAAUGCUACGAGCAUUUAUGGGGGCAUGUAAAGUCUAUGGCAACAAGAAGUUAGUGCAUGAAGCUGCUGAGAUGCUACUCUCUAUAGAGCCGAAUGAGACUGUCAAUUACAGUCUUACGUCAAAUAUCUAUGCUUCUGAAGGAAGGUGGACAGAAGUAGCAAGACUAAGGAAAAAGAUGACAGACAGGUGUGACAAUAAAGUUGCUGGUUGUAGCUGGAUUCAUCUUUCAGGUCACAUUCGGGCAUUUGUUUCGAGUGACAAGUCCCACCCACAAGCCUUUGAAAUAUAUGCAUUGCUCGGAAUGUUGCUUAGGCAACUGGAGGAGGACAGUGAUUCCCAAUUCUGUUGUUAAUUUGGAUC